AAAGGAUAAUGGAAAAGGAGGAAUAGGAAACCAAAUGAGAUGGGGUAAAGAUCAAAUGAAUCCGGAUAAAAAGAGGAAUGAAAUAGAAAGGAAAUAUGGAAAGGGGAAAAUAGUGUAACAGGGUCGUACUCUCACACCGAUGAUGUGGUAUUUUACUGAUGCUGGCAAAGUAUGGUCAUAAUAGACGCACGUAAAAUGAUGGUCUGACGUUCCAAGUGGCAGGUAGCAGUAGAUGGGCUGUAAUGGAAGAUAUUAUGUGGCUGAUUGUAAAUGGUCCGCAGUAGUGAGGACGAAGUUUUGGGACGAUGGGCAGUCGAAGGUUCUAAGUGUCGAGCAGUACUAAGUCUCUAGCCUGGUAAGUUACAGCUCGUCGUUGUAGAUCAGCGUUACGCUUAGAAACAACGUUCGCGCGCUUAAUAGCUUUUGCUGCUCGCUCUCGGGCGUUCAGUAAAAUUUCAGCGAACUGUUGGGCUCGGGGUACGGGAUUGUCGACAUUUGACGUGAUGGGUACUGUAGGGUUUUGUCCGUGAUUUAGGUAGAGCAGUGACUGUCAGGAAGUGGUUGACGGGGCGUUGUUAUACGCGAAAUCAAUCAGGGGCAGUUGCUUCUCCCAGUCGGCCACGUCAUCGCAGGUGGCGCGAAUCAGCUGUCGUGGGCUUCGUGCAAUAAUAGCUCCCGUAAUAGACUAACUCUAGUUCCCAGAUGCAGCCAGUCCCCGUCUUUACAUAAUAGACUCCCUUAACCGAUGCAAGCUAUUCGUACGCACCCGAUGUAAAGCAUCUGUCCGUCUGGUACCCGUGGGUAAAUAGACCGGUAAGUAGCGGGGAUGUUUGGGCGAGAAUGAGAGAGUUGAGAUGGGUGGAUGGGCGAGAAAGGGGGUCUGCAAUGUUUGAUGCCAUUUUUUUUUAGGUGACAGAAUAGUGGAAAUUGGAUUCCAUAAAAUCCAACCACCGAAACUGUCACUGGUUGAGCAGUGGUUGUGCACGAAUGUACCGUAGGCUGCGAUGGUCUGUCCGUACUCUCAUGUCCGCACCUGUCAGGUAGCACCGCUGAAAGCAUGCACAAUUGCGAGCAUUUCCUUGUCGUGUAUCGGAUAGUUUCGCUCAUGCGGGUGUAACAUGCAUAAAUCGUACGCAAUUGGCUGCAGACCUUCGCAAAAGUCCUGUAACAGUACUGCUUCGAUGGCAAUGUUGCUGGCAUCAGUGAUGACUUCGAAUGGACGGUGAGGAUCGACGAUGCGAAGGACAGGGGCUGAGCACAGAAAAGUUUUGAGUGCGAAGAAUGCAGCUUGCUCUUUCUCCCCCCAUCUAUACUCAGUCCCUUUUCGCAACAGGUCGGUCCACGGUGCAGUUACCCCCGCCAUAUUCGGGAUGAAUCUCUGAACAUAAUUUACGAAUUCUACAAAACUUUGCAGCUCUUGCGGAUUCAUAGGCGGGUAGCCAGGCUUGCACAGUCUCAAUCUUAUGCCGGUCUACUUCGACACCCUUAGUGGAGAUAGCGUGGCCUAAAAAUUCUAACAUAUCUUUUAAGAACUCGCACCUAGACCCUUCGUGAGCAACCGAUGAUCUUGCAGUAGCGUGAAAAUUGCUUCGAGAUCCUUUAGGUGUUGCUCCCGAGUCUCGCUGUAAAUUAUGAUAUCACCUAGGUAGACUAUAACACACUUAUCUACUAGCGAACUGAAAAUCUGGCUCAUGGUCAUUUGAAAAGGUGGAGGUUGGAGGCAGAAGCGGAGAUGGAGGUGAAGGUGGAGAUGGAGCUGCUUUUGAGGAGAGUAAGUGGACGGACGCAUAACGGGAGUGAUCGUAAACGAGCACUAGGAAGUAAGAGUGCCCGCCACGUGAGCGUACUGGAGCCGAGCCCCAAACGUCCAUGUGGACGAGGUCAAGCGGGGCGGCUGCUGCAGAGGGCGAGGAAGGGUGAGGCAGCUGGCGCAGUUUACUUUGCGCACAGUCCAAGCAUGGAUGAGUGGGAGAAGUGGAGGGUGGAGGAAGUGUCUCGAGCAGGUGAAGAAGCAACUUCUUGGACGCAAGCUCGGAAAGCAUGCGGAAGUUGGGAUGCCCCAGACAAUGGUGGUAAAGAAUGAUUGGGUCAGUGAGCUGACAGCAGGAGCACGAUGGGGUGGUGGAGGUAGAGUGCGCCUCAGUGGGAGAUGGAGGUACUUUGAGUGUGUAGAGGUUGUUGGCCGUCACUGUGAAGUGUGCAAGGAGGGUAUUGUUGGUGGGGUCAAGGAGAUCAGAGUGGUUAGAGUGAGCAGGGAAGAUGGUGGUUACCCGUGCUCGCUGAAUCUCAUGCUGUGCAAGUAGAUUGUGUCGAAGAGUGGGCACGCAUAUGCCAGUGACUGAGCCUGAUGGGAAGGAUGGGCAUGGAAGAGUGGAAGAACCAUGGGCGACAGUUGUGAAGCUGGAGUCACCGCCCAGGAGAGGAAUGGGUGUUUGGUAUGGUUUGAUCAACUCUUUGUUUUGGAGAAUUGUGUGGGUUGCGCCACUGUCCAGGACUAAUUCAAGUGGUUGAGAUGGUGUUUGUGCAGACGUCGAGUACUGGGAACUAGUUUCAUUGAUCAUGGGAAGGCUAAGGAACACUAGGUUGAGACGAACUUCAGGACUAUGGGCAUCAGCGGCUGAGUCCUGACUAUCUUGUGCCUCAACAUGGUUGAGCUGGUGCAUGCGAAGCCAGUUGGGCGGCUUGGAGUUGAUCCCAUUCUUGGCAA